AUGCGAGACAGAGACGCUUUCAAGUCUCGUCUCGAAAAAAAAGACGAGAGGAAAAAGGGACAUGCCCCUGGUGCAGCACCUCGAGAAAUGAGCACAUACGGCAGUCCUGGAGCGCUGCCACAGACGAGGCCAACCCCGCCACAGCGAGGGAGCUUCCCCUUGGACCACGAUGGCGAGUGCAAGAAGGCCAUGACCAGCUACCUGGCCUGCAUGAAAAAGGUCCGCGGCGUCAAUGAAGACGAGUGCCGCAACCUGGCCAAGGCGUAUCUGUCGUGCAGAAUGGACAGGUAA